AUGGCUAGUAUUCGCGCAAAAGGAUUGUUCUCAACGAUGAGUCGUGUAAAGAGGAUUAGUUUAUUGAAUUCCUCUUUUAUGCACGUUACACGAAAUUGUGCAUCGAUAUCAUCUGAAAAGCACAUUAAGACAACUAUUGUUGACGAUGUACUGGUUGUUAAGCUUGAUUCCCCAAAUUCAAAAGUUAAUUCACUCGGUGCACAAAUAACAUCAGAAUUUGAGGCUGUUCUUAAGGAUUUUGAAACUAACCCAAAUAUUCGAUCAGCUGUGUUGAUUUCUGGUAAGCCAUCAUGCUUUAUUGCCGGCGCAGAUAUAUCAAUGCUCGAGCAAUGUAAAACUGAAAAUGAUGCAAGAAAAAUAAGCCACGAAGCUCAAUUAAUGUUCAAUAGAAUGGAGAAGUCUUCAAAACCAAUAGUUGCCGCAAUUAAUGGGAGCUGUCUUGGCGGUGGAUUAGAACUUGCACUUGCUUGUCAUUAUAGAAUUGCCACAAAAGACAGAAAAACAGGACUAGGUCUUCCCGAAGUUAUGCUAGGCUUAUUACCAGGUGCAGGCGGGACUCAGAGACUCCAAAAGUUAACUUCUAUACCAACAACACUCGAUUUAACACUUACAGGCAAGACUGUUAGAGCUGAUAAGGCUAAGAAAUUAGGAAUUGUUGAUAUGCUAGUAGAUCAACUUGGUCCAGGAAUUUAUGAUCCAACAACAAACACAAUGAAUUACUUGGAAAGAGUCGCAAUAAAUGUAGCGAAGGAUAUUGCGUCCGGCAAGCUUAAAGUCAAUCGCGAAAAGACUGGUUUAGUACAUAAAGUCACAGAAUAUGCAAUGAGUCUUGAAUUCGUAAAGAAUUUCAUUUUCAAAAAAGCACGCGAUCAAGUCAUGAAAAUGUCAGCUGGACUUUACCCAGCACCAUUGAAAAUUUUAGAUGUAGUACGAAUCGGUGCUGAUAAAGGAUUCGAGGCUGGUCUAGAAGCAGAAAGAGAAGGAUUUGGUCAAUUAUCGCAAACAUCACAAAGUAAAGGAUUAAUUUCACUUUUUAGAGGUCAAACCGAAUGCAAAAAGAAUCGUUUUGGUAAACCAACACGUCAUGUUAAAAAUGUAGCCGUUCUUGGUGCCGGUUUGAUGGGAGCAGGAAUUGUUCAAGUAACAGUCGAUAAAGGAUAUAAUGUUGUGAUGAAAGAUGCCACUGAAGGCGGAUUAGCAAAAGGAAUUGGACAGAUUCAAAAGGGAUUUGAUACAGCAAUCAAGAAGAAAAAAAUCACUAGCAUAGAAAAAGAUAAGAUAAUGAGCAAUCUGAUUCCAACAUUAUCUUAUGAUCAAUUUAAAAAUGCUGAUAUUGUGGUUGAGGCUGUUUUUGAGAACCUUGAUAUUAAGCAUCGCGUCAUCAAAGAAAUGGAGGCGUUCAUUCCAAAACAUUGUAUUAUAGCCACAAAUACAAGUGCCUUACCAAUCACAAAAAUUGCAGCCGGUUCAUCACGUCCAGAUCAAGUCAUUGGAAUGCAUUAUUUUUCGCCAGUUGACAAGAUGCAGCUCUUAGAAAUUAUCGCACAUCCAGGAACGUCACAUGAAACAAAAGCUGCUGCCGUAGAAUUAGGAUUAAAGCAAGGAAAAGUUGUCAUUACAGUUGGUGAUGGUCCUGGAUUUUACACAACAAGAAUUUUAUCAGCAAUGUUAUCUGAAGUCAUACUUAUCAUGCAAGAAGGAACCAGUCCAACAGAUAUGGAUAAAUUGUCAAAAACCUUUGGAUUCCCUGUCGGAUUAGCUACUUUAAUCGAUGAGGUUGGUGUUGAUGUUGGUGCACACAUUUCCGAUGAUUUGGCUAAAGCCUUUGGAGAUAGAUUGAAAGGAGGUGAUUUGAACUUAAUGAAAGACAUGGUCAAAGCUGGAUUUUUAGGAAGAAAAUCAGGCAAAGGAAUAUACGUCUAUGACGGUGGCAAGAAAGGAUCACGCGACAUCAAUCCAGAAGCAGAAGCAAUCAUUAAACAAAAAUAUUCACUUGUCUCGAAGGGUGCAAAUACACCUGAAGAUUUACAGUUAAGAAUGGUCUCUAGAUUUAUUAAUGAAGCUGUUUUGUGCCUUGAAGAGAAAAUCUUAGAUAGCCCAUUAGAAGGAGAUAUUGGUGCUGUAUUUGGACUAGGCUUCCCACCGUUUUCAGGCGGUCCUUUCAGAUUUGUUGACUCUUAUGGAGCUGAGAAGUUUGUCGGUAAAAUGAAGUCAUUUGCUGAUUUGUAUGGCGCACCAUUCCAACCUGCACAGACACUUCUCGAUAUGGCUAAAGACUCGUCCAAAAAAUUCUACCCUAAGUAA